AGUGAGAGCGCGCGUGUUAUUCUAUUAAAGGACUGUGAGGUUUUGUCAAUCUCUGGAACACAUACGCAGCAGAUUUGAAGCACCGUUUCUGUAUAUCCGGAGCAAUACGACAGGCUGUUGCUGAUGGGCUGGUUGGGCGUUUGGGUUUCUGUCCUGCUCGGAUCACUAUGGCUGGUUCAUGGAGUUUGGGCCAGAGCUAAUAUUGGAAUUAAAGUACAGAAGGUACAGGAGGAACUUCAGCGAGUGCAGUAUGGACCAGCUGAAAAAAAGCCAAUCAGCCCAUAUGAGAGUCCAUGCAAGAGGACAUUCUGUGGUCGCGGUUGGGAGUGUGUGGUCAGGGAUCGAACGGGUCUGGCUGAGUGUGUGUGCCAGGAAAGAUGCCACACGUCAUUUGUGCCCGUCUGCGGCUCAGACGGACGUUUUUAUGAGAAUCAUUGCGAGUUGUACCGCACCGCAUGCCUGCAGCACAGGAGAAUCUACGUCAUUCACAGCAAAGACUGCUUCUUCAAAGGCGACACAUGCACCAUGGCAGAGUAUAACAAGCUGAAGAACAUGCUGCUGGAUAUGCAGCCCAGGAGCCUGACGGAUAGAGAUCAAACUUUAGAAAACUCGAUGGAUCAAAGGAGAGUCAUGGUGGACACCAUGUUCAAGUAUCUAGAUAUAAACCAGGACGGGCAUCUGAACAGUGAAGAACUGGCAGAGAUCUCCAUAAAGAAGCAUUUGGAGGAUAUCUUACUGGAGUGCACGAUGCAAGACCUCCUGCGUUACGAUGAUUACAACAAUGACGGUCACCUGACCCUCCAAGAGCUGUACACAGCCUUCCAGGUUGUUCAGCUCAGUCUAGCCGAUGAUAAGCGGGUGAGCGUUACCACUGUGACUGUUGGUCUAAGCACAAUGCUGUCCUGUGCCAUUCAGGGCACCCUGCGACCACCUAUCAUCUGGAAAAGAAAUGGCAUCAUCCUCAACUUCCUCGACCUGGAGGACAUUAAUGACUUUGGCGAUGACGGCUCACUCUACAUUACGAAGGUGACUACAAUUCACAUGGGCAACUACAGCUGUCAUGCAUAUGGUUAUGAGGAGCUGUACCAGACACACAUGCUCCAGGUGAAUGUCCCUCCAGUAAUCCUGGUCUAUCCAGAGACUCAGGCGCAGGAGCCUGGUAUAGCUGCCAGUUUGCACUGCCAUGCAGAUGGCAUUCCAAACCCUAAACUCUCCUGGCUUAAGAACGGCCUGGACCUGCCACGUGGAUCUAAACAGCUCUCACUUCUUGCUAAUGGCAGUGAACUACACAUCGCUAGUGUGCGUUAUGAAGACACUGGGGCUUACACCUGCAUCGCAAAGAACGAAGUUGGCGUGGAUGAAGACAUCUCGUCUUUGUUUGUGGAAGACUCGGCACGCAAGACAUUGGCCAACAUCCUCUGGAGGGAGGAAGGACUGAGUGUGGCGAACAUGUUCUAUGUGUUCUCCAGUGAAGGCAUCACAAUACUCCAGCCAGACAACUGUGAGAUCCGCAGACAUAUCAAACGGACGGAGAGGAUUCAGGGUAGUAAUGAAGAGCUGUGUUACAGAAGCAGAGGUGUGUCAGCACAUGAGUGUGUGUGGGCAUCUGCAGUCAGUGUGAGAGACAAGUAUGUUUAUGUGUCUCAACCGCUGCUGAACAGACUCCUGCUCAUCGACACACAAGCUCAGAAAGUGCUGCAGGUUGUGGAAACAGACCCCAUGCCAGUCAAACUCUUCUAUGAUAAAUCACAUGACCAGCUGUGGAUUUUGAGCUGGGGAGACCUGCUGAAGUCACGUUCCACUUUACAGGUGAUCUCUUCUGCAAGCUUGAGCGACCAGCAUCAAAUCAUUCGUACUCUGUAUGAAAGAGUGAAAGAUUUCUACAUACCCCCCACCAAUCUGAUCAUCACUCACGUAAGGUUUGGCUUUGUCUACUUCAAAUCAGAGGCUGCAGUGCAUAAAAUUGACCUUGAGACCUUCCACCUCAUUAAGAACAUCAGUCUUCAGAGCUACAGCUGUAUCCCAGCCAGCAUGGCCUACACUCAUUUAAGUGGCUACUAUUUUAUUGAGUGCCAAGUCAAAAACAAUUCCAGUCUGAAUGUGCAGCUUCUCAUUGACAGCGUAUCCGAUGCAGUCAUUGGACCUAACCCUAACAUCAACGGCCAGCCGUUCAUAUCUCCAGAUGGUCGCUUCAUCGUCUCCACGGAUAAGCGAUGUGGCAAACUCCAAGUUCAGACUGUUUCUUUUCAAGGUGAGCUUCAGAAAAGCCACGAAUUGGACUUCUUGUUUCCACUCUCAGACUUGGACUUUCAUCCGUCUUUCACAGAGUCCAACCAGUAUGUGGUUGUGGCCUCCUCAGCUCAGAGCACAGAGUUGCUCUUCUCUGACCUGUCAAUGGGAAACAGUAAAAUUUUCAAGAGCCUCAAGGAGCCUAUUCCAGUCACUGCUUGGCCAUGGGGAGACACCAAUAGGGUUGUGGUGUCCAGUGGGGUGUUUGGACGGUACUUGGUCACAUCGUCGGCCGAGUCUCUGUUUGUUAUAGACAGCAAACAGAGCGGCCUUCACUGUGAGGUGUCAGACAUCAAGAGAGGGAACACGGUGGUUUGGGUGGGGGAGGUAUGAGUCUAGUACUGCUGGCCUGUUAUACAAGUGAUUGUAUCAGCUCACUGGGCCAAAGCUCGGGAAAACCUUUAAUGGAUGUGAAUGGACUCAACCCUAGUAGUGAGUGCAAUUAACACACAUGCGGGUUUUUAAGGAUACACA